UCCCCUAAGCAAUGUUGAACUAUACAGAACUUGCUCGAGAGUUGAGGUCAUCACCCUGAAAUUUUUGCAUCGCCUAAUUCGUAUCCAAGAUGGUUUCUACAUACAUGGGAAGAUCCAGAUGGGAUAUGAUCAAUUUACUACUCCCUGGUCAUCCCUGCUUUAUUUUUUUGCUUCUUUCUUUACUUGUAAUUCCAUCUUUAACAGGUCUUACAGAAGCACAAUCAAAGCUCUGCAGAACGUCUUGUGGUGAUAUACCAAUCAACUAUCCCUUUGGCAUUGAUGAUGGCUGUGGCAGUCCAUACUACAGACACCUCUUUGUCUGCUCAACUUCAGGACAACUUGAGUUCAUGACUCCUUCAGGGAGAUAUCCAAUUCGAAAUAUAACCUAUUCUGACCCUCAUAUUCUUUUAACAGAUCCUUUCAUGUGGAACUGCCAAGAUGGCAACAACUUUCGUCCCACCAGGCCGUUCAGUCUAGACACCAGCACGCAUUUCACACUUUCAUCCCAAAAUGACUACCUCUUCUUCAAUUGUAGUGAAAACUAUGUGAUAAUGGAACCAAAGCCUAUGUUCUGUGAGCGAUUCCCUGAGCAAUGUGAUUCUGCUUGUGACAGUUCCAGUUACCUCUGCCGACACCUUCCAGAAUGUGCAUCUGCAUUGAGGAGUAGUUCAUGCUGCUCUUACUAUCCAAAAGCUACCGAAUCGUUAAGGUUGAUGCUGAGGCAUUGCUCAACUUACGCGAGCGUCUACUGGAGAAAUCUUGGUGUAACUCCACCAUUUAAUCAGAUCCCUGAAUAUGGUAUACGAGUUGAUUUUGAGAUUCCGGUGACAAUGCGUUGCCUUCAGUGCCAGGAUACGGCUAAGGGUGGUGGUAUUUGUGGGUUUGACACAGAAACACAGAAUUUCUUGUGCCUCUGUCAGAAAGGGAAUGCUACCACUUUCUGUAAAGAUCGCAAUAAUUCUCAGCAUUCGAGAGUAGUUGCAGGUACGGUAACAGCAGUUUCAGUUGCUGGAGCGAUUGGAAUCGGCGCUGGCAUAUGGUUCUUGAGGAAAGUGAGGACAAAAGCUCCUGUAACCCACGGCGUGCAGAGCAAUGAAAAUAGACUCUUUUGAAUAAUCAUUUGUUUCCAUGCCAAAACAUAUGAUGUAUUGUCCGAGAUUGUCAAUUGUAGCAUUCGCCAUAUAGGUAACUCGUGGAAGCACAUGUCAAGUUAUAAUCAACCUUAUGAUGCACUUUGUCUAUCUUUUACUGCUAUUGUUGCCAUUUGAAAAUUUUGCAGAAAUACCGUCAUAGUAUGCCAGUAAUAUCAUUGCUUUGUACUCUCUAUAUUGGUUGACAAAUUGUACUGUCAAAGCAAUGACUUCUGGAUUUUCAGAUAA